AUGGCUUCUCUCGUUCCCACACAACGUCUUUUCCUGUUGCUUGCACUUGCGACGUCGGCGUACGCAUACAGCAAUAACCUCUGGCACGUAGAUUUUGACACUUUUAACAAAUGGAACAUAAUCACGGAAGAGGAGGAAUGCUGGGAGGCAUACCAAACUCUCAACAAGCAAAAGAUGAAUUCAAAUGCAACCGCGCUCAUUGACUGUAUACUCGGCAAGGCCAACGAGGUCACAAAGUCUGAAUUCGGCACCGUGGCCGUCAUGCUUGGUCUGCUUCCUGGGGUGUUGCAACUGGUCGGCCCGAAAUUCAGCGAUCUCGCCCUCCUCGCGACACGGAGACCCUUUCUCGCGAUGUUGCUAACGAUUGGGUCGCCGUGCCCAGCUCUGGACUACGAGACUACGGGUAUGGAAAACCAUCUCGUCCAGGACGCGCCGCCUUUCUGGCCCAUGUGGCUGCGGACUCCACGGCGGUGGUUUAGCGCUAUAGUUUCUCUCCUCCAAUACUUGAUCGUUAUGGCUGCCGCUGGAAACGUGGUGUAUCAGUUCUACCGCCUGACCUUCUAUGCCGUUGUCUUGAUCAGCACACAGAUGGGGCAGUAUGGCGGUACUCUAGAGGCCUUUUCACCGCUACUCUGGGUCUUUCUUGGUAUCCCUAUACACUCUCUAGGUGUUAUGCAGCUGUUUUGGUGCCGCGCUCCUCCUUCGGCAGAAGAUGUCGCCUCGACACGCCCCCAGGGCAAAACCACGUUCCUCUCCCUCCUCCGAAGAGAAUUCACCCCCUGUGCCUUCGCGGACGACAUCGGAGAGGAAAUCAAACUACAGAACGGCUAUAUCUAUCAGUUCCUCAACUGGUUGAUCAAGCUCUGCAUCUGGGCCGAUGUCAUCUACGGCAUCAUCGUUCUCUCGACGGUCCUGUUCGUCCCGAUGUGGAGCGCCAUCUGGAUGAUUGGUCUGGUGUUUACGGGGACGCUUGUUUGCAGGGUGGUCUUGGCUUUCGAGAUACAUGGGAUGCGCGAGGUGCCGAAGGUGCAGGAGAAGAGUUUGAGUGGAUCCAUCGAGACUGGACAUGAGAUGGUGCGGCUCAUGCCUGAGAAUGGGAAGUCGCAACCCCGCGAGCAUACCUUACCUUUGUAG